AUGAAGCUGUCAACCAUCGUUCUCGGUCUUUCGGCUUUGGCUUCUGCUCAGGAAUCCGCCGGUCCUAUCCGCGACCUCGGCAAGAAGAGGCGUGGAUUCGCAAACUACGGGGUUGCCCAGAAGGCGCCUAUUGUGCAAAUGCCUACUAAGAAGGGACACAUGGUUCCCCAGCAGGUGAUCGAUAUCCCGACCAUCAAGGGCCACACCCACGUGGUCCAGCCGAGCAAGAAGGCAGCUCCCGCCCCCAUCCAGGUCGUGGCUGCGCCGAGCAAGGCUACCUACGUGCCUCCCGUGAGACAGGUGCACGUCGCUCACUCGAAGAAGGCCGCGACCCCCGUGGUCCACUCCAAGCAGGCAGCGGUCCCCGUGGUCCACUCCAAGCAGGCCGCGGUCCCCGUGGUCCACCAGAAGGGCAAAGGCGGCCUCCGUCACCUCGGCCGCAAGCGUGGCGGCUGGGGCUGGGGCAGAAGAGGUGGCAAGAAGGGUGGCUACGCUGCCCCCAUGAAGGCCCAGCCUAUUGUGUCCAAGAAGGCUCAGCAGCCCGUCUACGUCGUGCAGCAACAGGUCUCCAAGCAGAUCCCUGUUAUUCCUCAAAUCGCCACCCACGGCAAGAAGGGCGCCGCGGGUGUCCACCAUGGCUACUACUAA